AUGCUGCUCAGGCGAGACAAAGAAAUAGUUUAUGAGGCCCGGGCCAUAGCCCUUCUCGCCAACGCGUUCGCCAGACUCGACUAUCGACAUGAAGGGGUUUUAGAGGUCCUUUGCCGCCGAGCAGAAAAACAAAUAAAUGAGUGCAGCGCCCAAGACGUAUCUAACCUCUUCAAUGCCCUGCAUCGCUUGGACUAUGGAGACGGGUCUCUGCUGCUGGCUUUAGAGUGCCGUGGUGUACGUACAGCUGGGGCGAUGAGGCCGCAGCAUAUUUCAAAUUGUUUAAAUGCAAUUGCUGCUUUUGGGGCGUCUUCUUCGGCUGCUGCUGCUGCUGCUGCUGCUCUUGCUGCUGAGAUCCUGGGGUUUGCUUCUCCGUCUGUCCUAAGCUGCCUGGGGGCUGCCAUAGAGCAGGGCCCGCUGCUGCAUGCAGGAGCAGCAGCAGCAGCAGCAGCAGAAGCAACAGCAGCAGUAACAGACGAAGCAGCAGAAGAAGCAGAGACAGAGACCUGCGCCCGGCUCGCCGACGAGCAGCUGCAGCAGCAACAGCAGCAACAGCAGCAGCUAAAACAACAACGGCAGCAGCAGCAGCAGCAGCAGCAGCGCGCAGUAUCGCAGCAGCAGAAGCAGUGGGAGCAGCAGCAAAAGAUGCUUAUCAUGCUGCUGCACGGCUUUGCUGCUGCAGAGAGACGCCAUCGUCUCUGUGACCGCAUAUUUGACUGUCUCCUUAAUCCCCCCAACCUCCCUGCAGCAGCUGACCUAAGCAGCAGCAGCAGCAGCAACAGCAACAGCUCUUCGCACUGUCUGCUUGCUGCUCCUGCUGCUGGGGGAGCUGCUGCACAAGGCCCCGUGCUGCCGCAUGCAGUUGCUGCUCUGGUGUCUCUAUCGCUUGUUCGCCUUAAAGCAUUUGAUAGAAAAGAUGUCAUCAGGGCCCUAAUAGAGUCUGUGGAGACAUCUGAUGGGGGCAGUUUUACUCCGCUGCAGAUUACCAACCUCCUCUUCGCUUGCGAAAAAAUACUCGACUACACUCGUACAGCGGCACUGAAGUUGCAGCAGAAAGCUGCAGCAGCAGAAGGAGAGGAGACAGCUGCAGCAGCAGAGGGAGAGACAGCUGCAGCAGCAGCAGAGACACAAGAGACAGCAGCAGCAGCAGAGACAAACACAACAGAGGAGACUGUUCUGCUGCAGAGAGCAGCAGCGCGGUUGGCUGGGCAUGCGACCGUGCACAUCAAACACAAUCGCCUGCUGUCUCCUGCAUGUCUUUGCUCCAAUUUGCUGCAGACAGCCACUGCAGAUAUUGCUGCUGCACGCAGCAGCAGCCGCAGCAGCAGCAGCAGCAGCAGCAGGAGCUCUUCCAGCAGUUUAGGGGUAUCUGCGGAGAGAGUGUAUGAAGUCGCUGGUGCGACUUCUGCUGCUGCUGAUGCUGCUGUUGCUGCAGCAUCAGCAGCAGCAACAGCAGCAAUUGAACGCACUGUCUUCUCUCGUCUCGCACGUCUUGAUGUCUCCUUUCUGUUUGCCUUUGCAAACGCUGUAGCAGCUCCUCGCUUCCCUGCUGCUGCUGCUGCUGCUGCUGGGGAACAGCAGCAGCAGCAACAGCAGCAACAGGAGGGGGAGAUGCAGCGCAUCUUUGAAGAACAGCUGCAGCGGUUCUUGCCGCUGUCUCUGCUGCAGAAGGAGACAGUUGCUGAGGUGUACAGACACACUAUCCCUAGGCAUGCAUGUGAAGACCCUGUCUUUCUGCUGCAGCACUGGAGGGGCUGCGCUGCAGCCUUGACAGCAAAACUACACAAUCCGCAGCAGCAGCAGCAGCAGGGAGCGACGCGUAUAUCAGGAGCAGCAGCAGCAGCAACAGCAGCAGCACCUGGAAGUGCUGCUGAUCUCCUUGUGAGGGAGCUGCAGCUUAGAGACACUGCGAAAAUUCUGCAAGCGCCAGCUGCCUACGCCCGGCAGCUCAUAGCGUUCGCUGAGCUGGCGCUGCCUGAGGGCUUUUCGUCUUGGUCUCCCCUUCAGCAGCAGCAGCACCAUCACCACAGCAGUAGCAGCAGCAACAGCAGCAACAGCAGCGUCAGCAGCAGCAGCAGCAGCAGCAGCAGCGUGCUUGAAGCGGGGCCUGAGCAGGUGCUGCGCGCGCUGCUGACCCCUCUCCGCGACAACCCUAAACUCUUCCCACCUUCUGUUUGUGCUGCUGCUGCUCGUGUUGCUGCAGAGACAGGUGUGGGGGACCCUUUGCUGCUGGAGAGGGUUCUGCGACGGCUGGCUGAAGCAGAUGACCUUCCUGCUGCUGGUGCCAGCAGCAGCAGCAGCAGCAGGGGCGGAGGGAAGCACCUUCUGCCUGCAGCAGCUUUCAUUGAUUUGCUGCGGGCUGCUGCUGCUGCUGCUGUUAUAACGCGACCUGCGCGUGCAGCCCUAGAGGCGCUGGCAGAGCAGCAAAAAGAAUCGCUGCUGCAGCACGCCGAUCUAUCUGCUGCGGCGAUUGGUCUUCUACAGCAGCUACAGCUGCUGGAGCUGCCGCUGCUGCUUCGCGUGCUGCAGCAGCAAAUAUCGCAGGUGCAGCAGCGGCUGCAGCAGCAGAUUCAGCGGCUGCAGCAUCAGGCCAAGCAUCAGCAACAGCAGCAGUGGAUCGCAUCCACUGCAGCAGACCUGCGGGGCCUCUCCGGGUGUCUCUGCUGCAUCUCUAAAGAUGCAGCAGCGCAGCAGCAGCUGCGACGGGGGGCAGCAGGAUUUGCUGCUGAGGGCGCUGAAGGCGUUUUGCUGCUGGAGGCGCUGCAGUGGACAGCGCAGCUGCUGCCGCUGCUGCAGCAGGCACAAGCCCAACACCUGGUGCAGUUAGAGAGCAGCUCUCAGCAGCAGCAGCAGCAGAAGCAGCAGCAGCAACAGCAGCAGCAGCAGCAGCAGCAGCAGUGCAUUAGGGUGAUCGCCCCACCUGAGGCGCUCGUGCAGCUGCUGCAGGGGCUCGCCGCUCUGCCGUCUGUCCAGGGUGCUUCUGAAGCAAUGCUUGCCACGCUGCUGCUGCUGCAGCAGCAACAGCAACAGCAGCAGCAGCAGCAGCAGCAGCAGAGUUUGUUGUGCGAUGCCCUGCGGGCUGCAGCAGAAGCACUAACGAGCAGCAGGGGGGAAGAGCAAGCAGCAAAGAGGGAGGGGUCUCUUAGCUCUCCAGUAUUGCUAGCUCGUCUUGCUGCUGCUGCUGCUACUCCUGCUGCUGCUGCUGCUGCUCCUGCUGCUGCUGGGACCGAUGGAGCCGCAGCAGCAAACGCACCACGCAGCAGCAACUCUGCUUCGACUGUUAUAGAGGAGACUGCAGCAGCAGGAAGCGCGCUGCUGCAGCAGCAGGUGCUGCCGCACUUCAUGCUGCUGCAGCAGCGAGACUUAGUCUCCUUAGCUGUAUGGUACAUGGCAUUGCUGCUGCAGUCAUCAGCAUCACCAGCAGCAGCAGCAGCAGCAGCAGAGCCUGCAGCAGCAGCAGCAGCAGGAAGGGAGCAGCAGCAGCAAGGGAUCCUUAGGGUCCUGAGGAGAUUGGCGGAGGUCUGUAGGAAGCAAACCCUCGCGAAGGCAGACGCAGUGCAGCUGGCAGUUGUGCUCAGCUACUUGCGGCUGGACCUGCCGAAUGUGUGGGGUCAGCUGCCAGCGGCAGCGCAGCAGGCGCUGCAUUUGCUGCUGCAGCGGGUUGGCCCGGGCUGA